UUUUAACCGUUGCUCCUGCUUCUUUAUCUGAGUCUGUCUCGGAAAUCUCUCCGUCCGAGAAGAUAUUUCAUCUCCACGCUCAAGCUACUGGUGCGUGUCUAAACACACUUCACUCUUGCCGUAAAGAUCACGUACUGUAAAAUACAUCAUGGCUGACCGAUCCAACUUUUAUAUGUUUAUUUUUUCUACUUGGUGCUAGGGGCAGCACUCUUCAUGUAAACUCCAAAGCAUGUAACAUGUCCAUCCAGGAAAACAUGACCAAAUUAGAACCACAACCAGGUGGCAGUUAUGGCAAUGUGUUCACUAUAGAUAUUUCUAUCAGCUUCUCGUGACUUGUUGCACAUUACCCUUUAUACUAUAGGCAUCAAAACCAUUAACUUAAUGAGUUUUGGUGUAUAGAUCAUACCACUGCAGUCUCACUGCUCAAUUCUCUGCCGUGUAGGAGUUAAAUCACGGUUUAUACAACUGUAGGCAUGUAUUAUGCCCAUACUUCCUGUAAAAAGAUGUUUACUUUUUACUGCAAAUUCUGGCUUAACUUAGAAUGUCUCUCCUGCACUGCAUAUAGCUUGCUAAAGCCUCCUGUGUUAAGUUCAAGUUACAAACCACGCUCAAGCUACAUUAGUGGCUAAAAAAGUAGCUUAAUAAAGCAGUUUGGUAGAGAUCAUUCCUUUGCAGUCUCACUGCUCAAUUUUCCAUUUAGGAGUUAUAAUGCUUUGUUUAUGCAGCCCUAAUCACGCCUCCCUACAUGUGCCUUGCUAAAGACUUCCUGUAAAGUGUCAUCUAAUAUUUACACUUUAUUGCAAAUUCUGUUAAACUUGGAAUUUAUCUUCUACUCUAUUGGCUUGCUAGACCUUGGAGUGAUUAAAGUUCUCCUUACAGAGCAGGUGAUAAAAACUUUUUUAAAGUUGCACCUGACAACAUGAAAUCACUUUGUUUUAACCCCCUUAAGGACACAACUUCUGGAAUAAAAGGGCAUCAUGACAAAUAUUUCCAUCAUGUGUCAUUAAGGGGUUAAUGCAGGCUGUCAGUCACGAUCAAGUGAUUUAACUCCUAAAUGACAGAAUUGAGCAGUGAGACUGCAGAGCCAUGUUCUAUACACCAAACUUCUGCUUCAUUAAGCUAAAGUUGUUUUGGUGACUAUAGUGUCCCUUAAAGACCAAACUUCUGGAAUAAAAGGGAAUCAUGAAGUCAUGUGUCCUUAAGGGGUUAAACUACAACAAAGACUUGAGCACAUUAGACAUCAACACACUCCAGAUUUCUGUAACUUAGUAUAUUAAGUAUUAGUCUUGUAAGCUUUAUCUAGAGUCCAGUGGACCAGAAUAGACUGCUUUUUUUUGGUCUGCAGUAUGCACUGCUAGAGCAACACUAAAUCCUGGAAUCCACAGUUGAUUAAUGAACAGUGUUAAACGCCAAACCCCUAAAGUAUAUUAGUUUGCUGAAGUGUGUUGUGGAAAUAGUCUGCCUCCACCUGGACAAAAGAACUUUAACUUUAUCUAAAUAAACCUUGCUUCACCCCUUGGCUGUCAGACAUCUGGCCAUCUUAUUUCAUGGUUGGCUCAGUGAAGCUAAACUCAAGAGGCAGCAAUUGCUCAAAGCACCUGCCUUGACAAUAUCAUUGGGAUGUCUAACUUGACAACCAGUCUGGGCAGGUCUAAAAUGGGAGGCGUGGAAAGCUGUUAAAGGGACACCGUAGGCACCCAGACCACUUCAGCUAAUUGAAGUGGUCUGGGUGCUGUGUUCCUUUUACACUUGGUAUAAAACUGCAAUGUUAACAUUGCAGCUCUAAGUCCUAGAUGGCUUCCUGGUUUGAAACAGAUCUCUGGUCCAGUAUCUGACGCUGAAUGUCCUCACGCUGUGCAUGAGGACAUCCAGUGUCAACUUAUUUUUAUUUUGAUUCCAUACUUUCUUAUAGGGGGUGUAAUACUUGGUUGUCAGAGGGGGUAGCUUUGUCUCAACACCAACGUAAAGGUUUUUAACCUCUUAUUUACUGGAGAGCAAAGGUGCCAGGAAUACAGCUCUUAAGCAAAGUGCUCACUCCCACUACUGUGGCAGCAGCUAGAGUAUAGAUACAUGUUAAGCACUUAGAACAAAAGUAUAAUUUUGGAUUUAGUUAUCUUUGCUUUCUGGGCAGUGGAGUGUUGCUUCAAUAAAUAGUUGGGCAGCACAAUGCCCCCGCCAGAACAUCCCAGUCACUACUAAAUACUGAUUUGCCAGGACAGCCAUCUAAGUGACUUCUCCUUGCCCCAAUACAGACGGAGCUGGAAGCUCUGAUUCCCUCAGCCAAUGUGCAAGCCCUGCAGGGAUACCUGGCUCUGUGGAGGCAAGGACUCAAACCUUUCUAAAAUGGCUUACAAAGUGGUAAAGGGUAUUCCUGCACCUUAACCACUGUAAUGUGACUUAAUGACCAUUGUCCUUGGGGUGUUCCGUUACUUACUGCAGAAGACAGGAGUGCAAAAUACAUGUUAUAGGGUCAUGUUAAAUUAAUGGGAUAUUCUGCCUUCUGCAAAGUCAGGUGUUAAAAAUGGCUGUCUAGUCAUGCUCAUUACUCUGAAACAUGCAUUGUUGAUGGUAGUGAUCCAACCAGUCAACUCAAACGUUCGAACCAGGCAUUUGUAUAAAAUCUAUGUUCUCCAGACAGUAUAAUAUCACAUGAACCUUCUCUGAAAUUAUCUCUCUUCUGUCAUGUUUAGCUACUGAAAUCUCUCCUGGCUGACCUGUUUGGAAACCCUGUAGUGUUAUCUAAACUGAAAUCUAGAUAUUGCAACACAAUGACUAAAGUUGACCUUUUCUAAUUAGACUUCCAUCUGAGGGGUGGCAUUUUCUUUCACAUGGUAUUGUACAUAGGAGUCUAUAGUGACUGGAAAUGGCAAUACUCAUGAUGCAUUAAUUUUCUCCAUGCCUCCCUCAUACAAUCUGUCAAUAUCCCGUCACUCGGUAGAGGACUCUUUAAAAAUCACUCAAUAGAUCUAGGUUGGAUUGAUGUGGUGCAGAACUCCACUUAUGGUUCACUUUAACAUCUUGUCCAGUUUACCAGAUCUACUACUAAAGAUGCAUCAAGAGAUCUCUGCUGCUGUCCACUUUCUUCUUGAGAUUCUGCAUCAGAAGAACCGAUGGACUCCUCUCCAGCUAGAAGUCCUGGGAUCAAGCCUGUUGUGUAAUCUUAGUGAGCGAUACAAUGGACACUGGUACCCAGAGCAUCCCAGCAGAGGUCAAGCAUACAGGUGAAUAGACGGCAUCAUGCUAAAAAUCUCACUAGUAAUCUGGCCUUGACAUGAAGGUAGAACACCUAUAGUGACCAAACGGCUGUACUGUGGCUAUUCUCCUGGGUGGGAUCUCUGUUCCUGAAUAAACUUUUCAGUAUCUACACUUCCUGCAAACUGAACAAGAAUUUAAGUGUCUGUCUUAUAAUUAGAGGCAUUUCCAUAGACCAAAACUUGUUCAUGUUAGAUGCAAAGGGGUUUAUUUUUAAUUAAAUCCAGUAGUACAAGUGACUAAAGGCAUCCCUUUGGCACUUUAUUCAAAUGGAAAUGUCAGUUAAGCUAUAGGGAGAUUGUUGGCUUCCUACACCUCAGCACAGAGGGAGGACAGGCAGCCUCUUCUAAGCUAAGAAUGAACUCUUGGGCAGGUGAGCACCAUAAGUCUUGGUAAGUGUUAUUUUCCUAUACUCACAUCCAAAUUAAGAAGCCAAACUUGGAGUUGUGGGUUUGUGUAAUAUACAGGGCUGUCUAUAAUAUGAUUAGGACCCUGGGCAAUGCAUUUUCAUGGGCCCUGCCACUGCCUCACCCCCAAUUACAUCCAACCCACAAUCACACUGACAGACGUACUGGCGCGCGCACACACACACUCUAAAACAUUCACAGAUACAUACUGACAGUCACUACACACAAAUCUAUACUGACACACAGACAUACAUACAUUAACAGAUACUGACAUAUACACAGACAGACUUUAAAACAUUCACAGAUAUAUAUACUGACAUACAAAUAUAUCCUGGCAGACAUACUGACACAGACAUACAUAUACUGACUCACACACACUAAAACAUUCACAGAUACAUACUGACACACAUUUAGCCACCCUCCAGGUUCUUACCUUUUCCUGGAGGGUGGUUUCCCUGGUCCAGUGGCAGGCUGAGGCAGAUAGGAGUUCUCCUCUGGAACUCCCUUCCUCCUCCCGCACGGCCAUUAUCUCCGGUGAGGGGGAAGUGACAUCACUUCCUCCCAACCGGCUGCAGACCUGGAAGAGGGGCCCAGUCGCGCUGUUUAAGCGCCACAGCACCCGACCGGGCCCCUGCUGACACAUGCUCCCCGGGUGGCCCUUAGUGCAUGGGCCACCUGGGGAGCCUCCUCAGUGUGCGGGAGCCGCACCGUCCGGUCCAUAGGGGCUGCGCAAAUCGCGGGGCCCACAGAGCAGCUGCUCUGGGCCCGGGGCAGCUGCCCCGCAUUAAAGACGGCCCUGGUAAUAUAGUUUACAUGUAGCAGUUGACAACUGUCCAUGAUUAACCUUGCAUAAAGUUUAUUAAAGUCUGAAGCCUGAUUCUAAAAACAUUCUACCGUUGGAUCUACUGCUUCUAGUAAAGGUUUUUUCUUCUCCAGUAUUCAUGCCAACACUGCUUGCUUUCAUUGGCCUAUUGUAUAGCUAAUGCAUUUUCCAACAAAGAUGAAUCAACCACAUGGGUUGUAUUAUUAAAAGGAAAAACUUGUGCAAAAAAUCCUCAAACCGCAAAGCUGCAAUUGCCCAAUAUAUUAGCCUUAAUUCAUUUUGCCUGAAGAGAUGUCACUGAUCAGCAUUCAAAAUGCAUUUUCCUAUGCACAUUAAAGACACUCUCAUACACACAAACUUCUCCUUAAACAGGUGUAUCCGCAUUAAUGCCCAGCAAGCUGUGGAUGAGUCCCUCCUAAUGGCAUGUGAACACAGUGGAAUUGAAUACUCAAAGCUUGGUCUUCCGGAGGAACUGACUAUCUGGGUUGAUCCAUAUGAAGUCUGUGGAAGGUGAGUUUCUAGGAAUUUGUCAGUGAAUGUCAAUUGCACUACACAAGUCUCUACCCCUGGCACCUAAGCAAACUUAAGUGUCUGUUUUUAGAAUAAAACUUGCUUCUACUAUAGACUGCCCAUAAAAAGUACAUCUGAUGGCAAAAUGCAUCAUAAGAUUCUCCUAGGGAAUCCACUUGUGUUGAACACCUGGUCAACUUAACUGGCUGUGUAUUUCUUAGGUACAGGGAAAACUCAAAGUACUUCACCAUAGCCAUGUUUUCUAAGGAAAUCGUAGAAUUGGCGGCACCAUCUCCCACUGAAAACGAAACAUCCGACUACUCAUCAGGCAGUGUCUCCUCUGAGCCUUCAUCAGAGGAUGAGUUAAUUGUUGAAGAUACAGAUGUAAAAGAUUCAAAUUAUGAAGAUGCUGAGUCAACAGACCCUGAACCUUCAGAUUCCAAUCUGAUCCAGAAUGCUGAGGAAAUGCCUGUUCAGACGGAGACUGGUUUGAUGGGCGAUACUUGGCAAUCCACAGUCUGGUCAUGUGAUGAAUCUCUAAUAGAAGGUUCAAGGUUCAUGUCUUCAUGGAAGGACAAUGCAGAAUUACAAGGAAUCUCUUCUGCCUCCUUGGACAGCCUUGGCAUGUAGGAGACCCAAUGCCCUAAUCUGGACUGUCAAACCAGACUUGGUCAUAUAAAACACUGUUGCACUUCUUAGUUCUAAUUGCUAAUGUCAACCCUUGAGUCAUAUACAUUGGCACUACUCACUGGAAAGGCCAGGUAUGUGGUUGGAUUUUCUGAAGUUAAUAUAUUGGCUUGAAAGUUCACAUACUAAACCAAUGUAAGGAGCAAACUUUUUUUUAACAAAGUAGAGUUCCAGGGUGGUAAGCUUUGAUUGCAG